UAAUCACUGCUGCUGCUGAGAGUUUGGACUGUUGCAUCCUUACGGUACGGAACUUCAUUCACAUUUCACAACUGAAAGCUUCAGAGGAAUGGACGAUAAAGAAGACUUUCUCGGGUCAUUCGAUCCAAACAUACCAGAGGAGGGACCUUCAGCGCCCCCCCCUGGCUGGCUGGAUGAUGUGCAUGGAUACCAGGGGCACCAAGGAGGAGGUGAUAACCCGUUAUAUCCACCUCCACCUGCCUACAACCCCCAGCCUGAACAAGACAGGAAUACCUCAGUGCCUAAUGUCAGGGUCCCCACAGUGUCAGAGGACGUAGCCAGAGAGGCCUUGCUCAAAUAUGUGGAGUCAAAAUGGAAGUACAGCUCCAAACCUGCCAGGAACCUCGCCUUUAAAGAGCUCAAACCUGUCACUGUGUACAGGUAUCGACUGGAGACCUACACGGAGACCAGAACCAGCUCCUGGCAGCAUGAACCCUACAACGGACAGCCGGUGGACGGUGCACAGUACGGUAUGAGCCCUCCACCCUGGGAAAUUCCUGUGUUGUUGCCUGAGAGAUUUACUGACAGGGUGGAGAAGAUCCACGUGCCGCACUCUUCCCUCAUCAAGGUAUGUCACAUGUGCCAUGGCUGUGGAAGAACUCGCUGUGGUAGUUGCUUUGGGAGAGGCCAGAGCCGUUGCAUGAGCUGCCAUGGCAGGGGUUUCAGAAAUAGGCCGGGGAAUCGCCAACGCCCGGGGAGAACACAUUGUACUUUCUGUCAUGGGAGAGGCAUAAAGAGGUGUAUUCACUGUCAAGGUCAUGGCUUCAAGACCUGCACGGUGUGUCAUGGCAGUCAAAACCUCCUGCACUUCAUCCAGCUCACUGUGACAUGGAAGAACAAUGUAGAGAAUUUCAUUCCAGACCGCCAGCCGGACUUCCCUGACGAGAAGUUUGUGAAGGUGAAGGGAGAUCCUUUCUUCGUCGAUGAAAAUGUUCUGGUGUAUCCUAUCCAGGGUUUCCCUGAUGAGGAGAUCUGUGCUGUUUCUAGAUCGAUGAUUAAUCAACAUCUCAACCAAUACAGCUCCUCCAGCCGCGUCCUGCAGCAGCGUCAGACCAUCGAGCUGGUGCCCCUGACCCACGCUUACUACACCUACAGCGGGAAAGACUACAGCUUCUUCGUCUAUGGAACGGAGAACAAAGUCUUUGCUGCAAAAUAUCCCACAGCGUGCUCUAUUUUAUAAAUGAGAUGUGCAUAGUCCUGUGCUUACUUUACAUGUUCAUAUGUAGUCUGGUCAUAAUAAUGGGUUUGUGAGGAUUCAUACAGGGCAACAGGUGAGAGAAGCUAAUUCAUCCUUAAAUUGUACGCACAUGUAUCUACAAACAAUCUUUUGUGAUGCUAAUUGUUUUUGUUUUAAUGUGAAAUAUCUUUACUGCACUAGUAUUGGUGCAAUAAUCCUUUUUAAUCAAACCAAAUAUUCACUAGUUUAUCUGACGAGUCUGCAGGCAUCAAAGGUCAGAUUUUUAUAAUACUUACAUAAAUCAAUAACUGUUAAAUGGUACCUUUAAAUUGUUCAAAUUGUUGCCUAAAGUUCGUAUCAGGGCUGUCAUGAUAUCGGAUUUUCACCUUAUGAUUAAAAAACAUCACAAUAUUGAUGUUAUCGUGAUGUUAAUGGCAAACUUAAAGAGAAACAACAACGCUAUCAGUCAAAAGAAGGAAAGGCAAGACAAGGAUGGAGCGACUUCUACUUCAUAAACUUUACUUACACGUUAUCAUCCAUUUCUAAUCAUAAAGUUAUGUUGAUUCACGUCACCAGCCCGGUGACAGAAUCGAAUAAAUAAACCAAAACUCUCCGUCUGAUUCUUCGUUACAUGUUGUCCACAAACACCUCAUCUUUUUGUACGAAAUCCGAAGAAGAAACUAUUUUGGGGCACCUCAUUUUCAUCUGUCAUCUCCUCCUAAAGUUAUACUCUACUCUACUCCUCUGAGAUGAUUUGCACUGCAGUAGACUCCACACGCUGCAGUAAAAGCUAUCUAACUAGUUGGUUACUGAGUCUUCUUCUGCUGCUUUUUUUGUCUUCCUUUCGUUUUAUGGUGGGUGUCAACCAGCGUAGAGAACCACUACUGCCCCCUACUUUGAAUCACUUAGAUACACUGUGUUACCGUCUUCUUAUUUUUAUGUCAAUAUCAAUAUUUCAUUUUAUUGAAACUACAGUUAUUGUCAAUACCGGUGUAUUAUGGCAGCCCUGGUUAGUAUAUGAUGUUAUUUUAACAGUAGGACCUGAAGUUGCAGGUUUGAAGUCAUUUUGAAAAAGUAAUAAUGUGGUAGCUGUUUUAGGUUAAUUAAGGAUUUUACAUUAACAUUAUAAAAACAUAAAUUUAUUUGAGGUUAUUAGGGUUGAAUGAGGUAAUCAAUUUUAGAGAAUGAAUCAUUAAUCUUGAUUUCCUUCAGCUAAAACAGAAAGUUCCCCUGAUGUCUGACAGGCUCUGUAUAAUCCAACAUUAUAAAGAAUAAUCUGCAUGUUUGUGUGCUAACAACUAACACUACCUCUGUGAUGUCAGAUCAGAUAGUAACAAUCAGCUGGUGCUCACUUCGGGCAUUGGCUGCAUUGCAUUGGCUAUUCUAAAAUCGUCAUCAACAAAAACCCUUUUCAUUACAUUUCUAUGAACUUACAGUAUAAUGCAGAUUCUUAAUGUAGAUAAAUAUGUUAAAUCUUCAUCAGACAGUAGCUGGUUCUGAGAUAAGAAGUCCAUCGAAGACGAGGUUUUGGACCAAACAUCCGUUAUGUUAAUAUUAACUUACUAAGCCUGAAAUAUGAAGCUCGUCCUGCAGUGGUGAAAAUGUUCUCAGAGAGUGGUGUUAACCUUAUUUCAUCCUGAUAUCCUGGAUUUAAAUUAAUACCUAAAACCAUCUAAUAACUAACAGUCAUGAGAUGUUUCUCAAAACACAAGAAUAUGUAUUACACCCUUUGUUUUCUGCCUCAUUCAUUCUCAGCAUACAUGUAAACUUUCCCCAUCAGACGUGAUCUUUUUGAUACUUCUGACACCUCAUGAAUGCAAGGAAGAAAAACCAACUCAAAUUGCAUUUAACAUUUUAAAAAAUGCUAAUAGCUUAAAUGCUCCACUUUAUAUAUUUUUCUAUAAAUAUGUUAUUUGUUUUAAAGCUUCUGUGCAGAGUUUUAGACCGAGCGACUUCUUAUAUUUGGUUAUUUUGAUCGUCUAAAAACUCUGCUGCAGGAGCUUUAAAACAAACAAUAUAUUUAAAGAAAAAUAUAUAAGAUUCUCAAUUAUUGAUACAUACGUGUUAAAAAUAUAUUCACAGGACGAAAUCAGCAAAGAGAUAGUGAACAGUUUGUCCACAGGGGGCGACAACAUUGUCAUAAAUUGUGAGUUCUUCACAGAAGCUUUAAAUAAAAUCUGGUGAAGAUGUUCAUAAAGUAUUCAGGUUUUGUUGAUCUUUAACAAACUACAUUGCCCAUAAUCCCAUGUGCUCACAAGCUGACACUUAAAAUGAUCAUGUGUGAAUUUAGCAGCUUUUAAUUUCUGCAGAAGAAUCCCAGCCUUGAAUGAGUUCGUGAAUUAGAGGACAAAAGAUGGGUGAUGUUGUAACUUGAGCUUCUCCGUUCUGAGGCUGCCUCAGCUUUAGCAAAUGUUUCACUCUGUUGUCUUCAUACUUGUUCUUCUCUGACACGGGCUCUGUGGUGCUUUAAAUGAGAAACAGCCUUAACAUCUGUGGUUAUUUUUUACAUGUUGAAUCCAGAUCAUGACGGCAAACUAACCUUAAGAGCAACAGGCCAAAGAUGACGACACACUAUCACUGUUUACUGCUUUUAUUGUCCUUAAGAUCAAACAAACACCAGCUUGUGACAGUGAUCGACAGUACUCACAUAAUAAUCCUAUAAAUGAAACCUUUCCUUUUCGUUUAGUUUUUUCUUGUGUUUAAUUUUCAUCCAAAUCUCUUCAUUCCACACAGCUCAGGUCUCUACGCAUUUGUUUAUGCAGAAAUAAACAGUGAACAAACAAUCCAUCCAGAUGCGGUCUCAGUUUAAUGACACAUAUUCCUGAUGUAUGCAUAUUUUUUAAGAAUUCAAAUUGUUCAUGUCUGACAUUGCUUAUUAUUAAGGAUUUAACCACUUUAGAUUUUAUAUGUAAAAAAAUAAACAUUUAGUAAAGAAUGUAAAGUUGACCUCUUGAACUAACUUGCUCAUGCGUUCUGUUUGAAACAACUUUCCAAGAGGCUGAAAGAAUGUUUAUUAUUUGAUUUGAUUUUAUACAAAACAUCCAAACCUAUCCAGUGUAUCCAGAAAACAUGUGACUGAUAAAAGUUUGGAACAGAAAUAAAAUGAUUUCAUGUGAUCA